AUGACACCUGCAGAAAUAUAUAAUCCCAUUAGCAAGGUCGAUGUGUUGGGAAUAAUUCGUGAAAUAGAGAUUUCGAUCCUGUCUCGAGAUCGUAAAUGGGAGCAAGUAGUAGUUUCUGAUGUUUUCGUUACCAAUAAACUUGAAUCUGUACUGAUAUUGGGUCAGCCAUGGUUCCAGGAAAAUGCAAUGAAGCUGGACUUCCCAAAUAAAACUCUUACAUUGCUCGAUGGAACUGAUAUACAAUUAGUUAUUGGACCAAAAAUUCCACCACCAACACAACUCAAUCAGUCUGUGAAUGAUUACUUCAAGAUGAUAAAGAUAUAUGCUACAGCAUUGGAUAUCGACUUAGAAAAUCAAGACCUUAAGGGAACUUUCUUUAAUGGCCUAUCACGAGAUAAUAAAAAAGAAGUAAUUCGAUUUGGCUUUAAAAAGCCUUUGAAUGAAAUAGUCGAUCACUUGAAUAGAAUCUCAUCCGGAUAUACUGAUAUUCAAAAUUUUCAAUUCGGGAAUUUGAGUCAAGAGGAGAAUCAUCUUAAACAUCAAUUUCUUCGUGGAUUAUCACCCGAGAAUCAGAUAGAAGCUAUAAGAUGUGGAUUAGACCAUCCAUUAGACGAGCUAGUAGAGAAACUGAGUAAAAUUGAGAAUAUCCGGAAAAUGCAUAGUCAAUGA